GAAGAUGUCAGCGUUAGUCACUCUCCUUGUCCUUCUUACCAUCCAUUCCGCUGAGACAUGUGACACUUUCAAACCAAUCAAAAACUACGUGCUGACUGGUCACGUGAUUAAAACCAUCCGAGACGCCAACUUCGAGAAAUGUACAUAUCGCUGUGAGCUUGAAACCAAAUGUUUCAGUAUUAAUCUUUACACAAAGACCAGCAAAUGUGAAUUGAACUAUGGCAGUAAGGAAAUGUUUCCAAGUGAUUUCAAGGAGGAACUGGAUGCUCUUUAUAUUCAUAACAUCAGAAAGGACACCGGUGAUCCGUGUAAUGCGCUGUACUGCUUGCACGGCGGCUCUUGCCAUCCGUUUCCACAGCCAAACUGCAUGUGCCCCGUGGGAUUCGUGGGAUCGAUCUGCCAAAACAUUACUUUAUCCCUAGAGGCCAUUGGAAUCCAAGACAAUAAUAUUAUCUUUGACGGUGAACUUACGUCCAGUACAGCCGCUGUUGGCCAUGAAGCAUGGCGGGGCAGGCUACAUGGUAAGGGCAGCUGGAAACCAGUUUUAAGUGACUCGGACCCACGCUUCGAAAUCGGCACUUUCGAUCCAGCUGUGAAGAUAAGUUACAUUGCAACUCAAGGAUCUCCUGAUCAAGACUGCUGGCCGACUUCUUUCACGUUGCGAUACGAAACCGCUGGCCAAUCAAAAGAAUACCCCCAGAUCUUGGCAGGCAACAUUGACAGAAAUACAGUGAUAUAUAACCCCUUGAAACCGGCUCUUGGCAACGUGUCGAAAUUAGUUAUCAGACCAGUUUCCACGAAUGGCUGCAUAGGUCUUAGAUUAGAGCUUUAUAAAUGA